GAAGGAGUCUCUGGGGUGGGGGGAGCCCUUUUCAUUCAUACAUGCAAACUUUAUGAUUUUCCUGAGCGAUCUCUAGACUUGUGCCGCUCUCCUCCGGAAGGCAGCGAGCGAGCGUGGGCUCCUGCAGCUGCUUUCGCGGAGCUGUCAGCGCCUGUCACCCGCCACUCCUGGGCUCCCUGGCUGGACCUGGCUGGACUGACUCCCUGGCCGCGAUCCCAGCAGAGUGAUGUCUCCAGACCCUUUCUGUCUCCGAGGCGGGAGCAGUGAACUUUGUUCCAGUUUUUCCUGGCCCUCUCCCAGACUGAGCCAGAAGUUGUCUCUUUGAAUUGCUUGCAGCUUUCCCUCUAAACUUUGAAACCAUUCAUGGAAGCUGAUGGCAAUGCUCUCGUUCCUUUGCGUCAGAAGACAAAAAAGAAAAGUCAAGGGUUCUUCACAAUGAGCCGACGGAGGAUAUCGUGUAAGGAGCUGGGGCAAGCUGAUUGCCAAGGAUGGCUCUACAAAAAGAAGGAAAAAGGAGCUUUCAUUGGCAACAAAUGGAAAAAGUUCUGGUGUGUGCUGAAGGAGUCAUCGCUGUAUUGGUACAGCAGUCAGCUGGCUGAAAAGGCAGAAGGAUUUAUCAGACUUCCAGACUUCAGUGUGGACCGAGCAACAGAAUGCAAAAAAAAGCAUGCUAUUAAGAUCAGCCACCCACAGAUCAAGACAUUUUAUUUUGCUGCAGAAAAUGUUCUGGAAAUGAACACAUGGCUAAGCAAGCUGGGGAUGGCUGUAGACCCUCAGGCACCCAAUGGGAAGAACGAAGAAGAAUGCUAUAGUGAAAGUGAACAUGAUGAUCCAGAAAUAACAGACACGCCACCUCCCCCCUACAUGGCUCAGUCACAGCCUCCUCAGUUGCAGGAUCAACAGAAGUCCUCUUUGACCUCGACUCUGUCAAGUGAAGCAUCUUGCUCUCUCUCAUCUCCUGAAAGCACUUUGAACUCCCAAGAGUCAUCAUCUUCCUUGACGUCCAAAGUGGUUUAUUCUGAGAGGCAGUCCUGGCUUGACCUUGUUAACAGCUCAGCUGUGGAAGAGGGUGAUCAGCCUUUAACCUUCUGUGUGCAGAUUCAUUCUGAUGAACAACCAGAAGUAGACUGUGGAGAAGCAGGAGAAAGCCAGAUCUGGCCCAUUAGUGGAUCCCAAAACACUUUUUUUGGUCUGGAUACACAUUGCCUAACUGUGCCAGAUGCAACAGGACAGAAAUCACCAGCCAAAGAUCAGGAAAAAUGUGAUGAUGAUGAGAUGGAGCGACUUUACAAGUCAUUAGAACAAGCAAGCCUGUCUCCCAUUGGUGAUCGUCGACUGUCAACCAAGAAGGAGCUUAGGAAGUCAUUUAUCAAACGCAGCAAAAAUCCCUCCAUUAAUGAGAAACUCCACAAAAUUCGAAUGCUGAACAGCACAUUAAAGUGUAAAGAACAUGACCUGGCCACAAUUAACCAGUUGUUAGAGGACCCAAAGUUGACAGCAAUGAAGUACAGAGAAUGGAGGAACACAAACAUCAUGCUGGUCCAAGAUAUCUAUCAGCAACAGGAGGUCCAGGAUGUGUCCACAGAGAAUAGUGAGGAACAAGAGACAACACCAUUGGCUAUCACUGAAAGUGCUAUCUGAGGCUGUGUAUUGACAGUUCACUGCAAGAUUUUUCCCCACAGGUCUUCAUGUAAAGGCACUUUAAUCUGUUGCAUUCUGAUUUUUUUUUUUUUUUCCCGAGUGUUCUUCAUAAGGAAAACAACCCAUUCUCCAAAGCUUUCAUUCCUUUUGCAAAACUUAUUUCAUGUCAAAAGAACAAAUCCGUCAAAUUAAAACAGCAUGCUGGAAUCUGGGCUGCAUAUCUAAGAAGAAUAUUUUAUGAAGCAGUGAAGAAAUGUUUUUCCAUAUUGGGAGAAGUAAAUUGUAUAUGUGCAAUUCUGGAAGUCACAGUGCUAUAUAAUGUGAACUGUAUAAAUGUCAGAACCUUGGGGUUGUUUUAAUCGUGUAACUUGCUCAUAAAGGAAACUACAACAAUUCCAAAAGGAUGUAGUUUACUCUCUACUUUUUGACCAGGCAACGUAACCUGAUAUUUGUAUUUUCAUUUCUACAUUCAUUCACUUUGACUGCUCUACCAGUUGGAACUGAGACAAAUCGAGUAGCAGUUAUGUUUGAAUUUAUACGACAGACCACUGUCAGGCACCCAGUUUGUGUCAUACCUGGUGUUUUAUGAAUUAGACAUUUAUUUACAGACCAGACCAAGGUAUUGUCAUUCUAUAUCAAGAACAGAAGGUCUCUCAAUAUGUUUGGUAAAAUGUAAAUUGCUCUUCAGUGAGGCAAAUAAUGUCUCAACAAGUUUCAAGCUUUUCUUAUGGAUUUAACAGAACUUCCUGGAAGGCUAUUUUCUUCUUUCAUAUUUUUGAACCAUCAUGAAUAUAUAAGGUACAUGUUCACCUCAGACUCCUAGAUAGCAAGGUGAUCAAGUUUGCGAGGAAGCUAAAUACUUAAAUUUCUGAUGUGGAACUGAAAGUGUAAAGCAUAGCUGCAAAUAUUUUUGUAAAUAUAUGUCAUUUCAUGGUUUAUAUGAAUGUGACUAUGUACUGUAUAUAUGUUUUAUUUAUAUAUUUAUAUAUGCUGAAUUUCCUAAUAUAGAUAGGAGCACAUGGACCAGACCCACUUAUGUGAGUGUACUUACACAGUGACUUGAAAUGCUUCUCUGUUCUUUUUUCCAUUAUGAAUCACAAUAAUGGAUCUUGAAUGGAGAGUACCCUGGGACUUCUGCUGUAAAUUCUUCUGUCUUUCAACCUAACUUUGAGAUUUUGAUGAAGAAAAUCUGUGUAAUUUAGGGCAGGAAUAUAAGUUUGCUAUAAAAUUUUGGAAUUUCUCUUUGGACAAACAAAAAUGAAUAUAUUAAGACAUUUUGCUACAGGAUCAUUACAUUUUAAGCAUCACAGUUCUCUGUACAGGUUUUUUUUUUUUUUUUUUUUUUUUUUUUUUUUCUCCCAUCUUCAGCAUGUGUGCAAGUAUGAGGAACUUUGCAGAGUGCCAAUUUCUGAAAAAGCAUGAAUUAACCCACCAUUCUCCAAUUAAUGCCACUACAAGAACUGGGGGAAUCUGAACUUCUGUUGGCUAUUUUGUGAACAUAUUGUCAUUGGUAUUCAACAGAUUUUAUCUUUUAAAGUAAAAUACACUAUACAGAUGCAGCCAUAUUCACUUGUCUUAUACAAGAUAUCUUUUAUUGUAUCUUGAUUAAGAAAGCAAAUAUUAAUAGUAUUAUUGGUAAGGUGAAAUCUUUUUCACCUGCUAAGUGAUAUAUCUGUCUGAUUGUUGAGAUGGCAUUGUUGACACUCAACAACUUUCCUUUGCUACAGGUAUCACUGGAGAAAGGUCAGGGAAACGUGGGCUUGUUGAAUGCAGGACUUGAGUGCAGGACUGCACUCAGGAUAGCGUCACUGCCUCAGGUAUAAAAGGGUUUAGACUUAAUAAUUGGAGCUGGUCUGCUGGUGGGGAACAGAAGUUAGAUGAAACUUAGAAGUGAGUGAUAGUAACUAAAUGGGGAAGCAGACACAAAAAGCAGGGUGGUUAAAAAACUAACAUUUCCAGGAGGUCUUCAUACAAGUGGUACUUUUAUCAUUUCAUUAAUUCUAACUGGACAUUGAUAGAAAUUAAGCAGGCUCAAUACCUGGUGUAAAUUGGUUUCUAGUAAUUCCUCAUUAAAACAUGAGCCCAUUUUAAAGUCUUUUAUCUUUGACUAUUCUCAGAAGACCCUCUUGACAGUGGGCAUCUGCAAGUAUCCUGUUCCUGGAUGUAAUUUUUCAAAGGUGAGAGAGGGAUACCCCCUGAAUUUGACAUAAUCAAUUAUCUGCUGAGCACACUAUGAAAAUUAGGAGAGUGAGGACUGAUCUGCAUAGUCCUUCUCAAUUUUAACUACCCGCUGCUAAAAUUGAUAAAUAAUGGAGGUCAAGUUGCUUGUACACUUCAGAUUUAUUCUUGCAAGUGCAGACCCAGCAGUUUGUCAUGUAAAUACCAUUUCUCUUCAAAAGCAUCUUCACUACUUAGAUCUUAAAAACAAGCACAUGCUUAAGAGUUCCAUUGAACUGAGCCAGACUAGUCAGUGCCUUGCAGUUCUGAGCAAAACCCUAGCCAGCCAACUCCAUUUGCUGCAGUAGAUUUGCACCCAACAAAGGAGACUGCUUUGCAGCCUUUUUUUUUUUUUUUUCCCACAGCUGUGCUCAUAUCAAGAUAUACAAAACAGGUUUCCCAAAUGCAUAGACAGACAAAUGUCCUCAGACUGCCUGAACUCUACUAUUUGUUUUGAUGAGAGCCUAAAAUAACUUCUGAGUUACUUUCUUUUCAGAUGGUCAGUAGGUAAUUGCUGUUGAGCUUUUGGAAUCGAGUUGAGGAUUAAUUGUACCAUCCUCUUAGAAAAGAGCAGAAAAUGAUUGAAUGGGGUUCUUUUAAUGCAGUUAUUUCUUUAGAAAUUUCCUGUGUGUUCAAGAAAAAUGUAUUGGUUUUAUGGAAGUGCAAUGUUGGAAGCCUAUCCCCAUUCUCUUCAGCUACUUUUUAGACUGAAACCAAAUGGAAAGUGUGGGAAACAUAAGGUCAAAAUGGUGGUAAAAUAGGUUUAGUUUUCCAACAUUGCUAAUUAAUGUGACAGUUUUCACCUGGAUUCAUCAGAAAGGGCUGUGCAGCCAUGUGAAAGACACAACCAGAGAAAAACAGUGCACAAUCUGACAGCUACAAGUGGUAGAUGAUAUGGCAGGGAGCCACGUUGGCAGGAGAAGCUCAGACUACUGUGUGCUCCGCUCAAUCAUAUUUAGGGUAAAUGGUAUCUGAGCAUAAAUUCUGGUGGUCUGAAUUUGGAAGGCUUCCAUUAUUGACUCAUAGUGUAGGGAAAUUGUGUCCCUUGGAAUGUUCAAAAAUCUUUAACAGCCUGCCUCAUGGGACUUUUUUUGUACUUUGCAGGAGAAAGUGUGCAUGCACACAGCUAUUCCUCUAUCAGUAAAACCUUUUUGCAUUAGUGCAGUGAGUCUAGCUAUGCAGACUUUGGAGUAACUAAUUAUGAUAUCUAAUUUCAGCUGUUUCUGCAGCCUGUCUCUGGUGGCUUUUCUGGAAAUCAAAUCUCUCUCUGUUUUGGUGGUGUAGAUCUCAUGAGCUACCAGCAUGAGAUGGGAUCACAUUUCCUUUUCCUAAGAUGGGAGAGGUUUCAUGCUGGGUUAGCAAAUUGUUUCUGCAUGUAGCUCUGAUAAUUUACUUAAUCCCGGGUUUCACUGAAAACAGGAAUAAAUGAUGUGAUACAACCA